GUCUAUAUUUUAUGUAUUAAUUAAUGCAGAAGCAUCUAAAUGAUAUUGAUAAUAAUGAUAGUAGUAGUGGUUUUAGGGAAAGGUGUAAUGGUGCUCCGUUUUAAAGUAUAAUUUUUUUCAUGUACAUUUUGGAGAUCACUAAGUGUACUUAUAAUUCGGUUGUGAUGAAAACGCUAGUGAUGUGAUUUUUUGUAUCUAACUAUAAAAAGUUUUCUCGAAAGUUUGUUGUCUACGUAUAUGUCGUUUCCAAGAAAUAUUGGUGUUUUCAGAAUGGUGCAUCACAGUAGGAAUUGAAAGGAGCUUGCAGGAUCAGUUUGUAUAAUGAAACUAGCACCAGAGCUAUUUCUUCUGUUUUUCUCUAUUGUCGGAGGUUCACCUAAAGAGAAACAUUCUACCUCAAAACAAUUACCCAAAUGUGUUGGUUUAAUGGAUGGAUGUGGCUAUACUAUGCCCGAUGGAGAUAUUACUGUACGUUAUGGAGACUCACUAAACAUAACAUGUUAUAUUUAUGACGAAUACGUUGAGAAAUAUACUAAUGCUAGCUCAAGGCUUUAUUUCACUAGAAAUAAAACAAUAUACGAUCCACAUAAUGGAACUGUUUCCAAUUCCUACUGGCCAAAAAUGAUCUAUGAUAGAUCUACUAUAACUCCAUUUGAUGAGGUUGAUGUAAAUGAUGAAACUGCACCAAGAAUACAAAUUUUAGACGAGCGCAGUAUCCGACUCAUCAUUCCAAAGCCUGAGAAAACUAUAAGAGAUUUCUAUGGCUGUUUUUUCAACGAAACAACACGCGAUUCCACAAUUCAAAAGGCUGCUUGCACUAACGUUGUUGGAGUUGGGGUUCCGCCCCAAUUGAUUACAGACUUUGCCUGUGUAUCUGUGAAUUAUGAAAAAUUGGUUUGCUCAUGGACAGCCCCCCAGAAUUAUUUAAUGACUCAAUAUAGAUUGGAUUUUAAGUCCACGAGACCCAGACUUAAAAUGAAAGGUGACAAAAAUCGUACAAAUGGUACGAGACCGUACAAAUAUAUGAUCAAAAAAACUAGUCAAGCGCAUUGUCCAACCUACCCAAUAAGCGACGUUUCCACUGAUACUACAGGGGGAAAUUUGAGCUGUGUAUGGAGCGUAACCACAUCCCCACAAUACAGGCAGUCAAAGCAGCUAUUUAAGUUUAUCCUUCGCGCAAACAACACUCUUGGAGAAAUCGUCCAAUAUUUUGAUGUCGACCACUUCAAAAAUAUGCGGCCUAAACCUGUUGAACAGUUAACUGCUACAGCUAAAUCUCCUAGCUCAAUAAUUCUAACGUGGGAGUAUAAUGCCAAAUUAGAUGGUUUUCCAAAACCUCUAGAGGGAGAAAUACGGUACACUUGCGACACGCAUUGCGACAAAAUUUGGUCUCUUGGAGGUAGAUUUAAUACGAGUAAUACGCCAAAUUACAAAGUAACAAAAUAUGAAUUACGGAAUCUGGAAUUUCCGCACACAGUGUAUGAUAUACGUGUCAGGAAAAAAGUUAAUAUUGAUGACCAGAAAGAAUCCCGUCAUGUUAUUGACGAAAGCAAUGCUCUCGUAGCUGAUAUAUUCGGAAUUGGUUUUACUAAAGAUUUCACAAAUUCAAUAAUAGCAAAGUUUAAAAACGAUGAAAUUGGUAACACCUGCAACAAUGAUAUUUUGAUAUUGAAAUAUGGAGCCAUGCAGUACGAGAAGUAUGGUGAUACUUAA